AUGACUAGAGAGCGGUCAUCAGUUCCAUCUAGACCAAAGCCUGUUAAUAACUUGUUAGAUUCCAUAAAUAAAUGCAAUCACAGAGGAAGACAGGGCACAGACCGGAUCCAUCAGACGUGCAGCAACAACAAUAGAGAAGAAGAGGAUGACAAGGACGAGGAUGAGGAUGAGGAUGACGGAGAUGAGGAAGAUGAGGUGGACAAGGAGAAUGAGCAGGAGGAAUCACGCAGCAAAGUCACUCAUGAAAAGAGAGAGCACAAUGGCAAUGAAUUAGGUCUAUAUGCCAUCUUUGAUGGACACUCCGGCGGCAAAGUUGCAGAGUACUUGCAGCACCAUCUAUUUGACAAUAUACUCAGUGAGCCGGACUUCUGGACAAGCCCGAAAUGUGCAAUCAAGCGGGCCUACAAAAAGACGGACGACCAAAUUUUAGAGGGCGUAGUCAGCUCAAGAGGAGGUUCCACUGCGGCCAUGGCUAUACUGAUCAAUAGGGAGAAGCUGAUAGUAGCUAACGUAGGUGACUCUCGUGCCAACAUGUGUGAAAACGGCAAAGCUAAACAGAUAACGGUUGAUCAUGAACCGCAAAAGGAAAGGGAACUUGUAGAAAGCAGAGGAGGAUUUGUAUCUCAAAGACCGGGGAACGUUCCGCGGGUGGACAGACAACUUGCCAUGACCAGGGCUUUCGGCAAUGAGAAAGUGAAGGAUCAUAUCCCAUCCGAACUGGAUAUAUUCAUCGAGAACAUCGACAAGGGCACUGAGUUCAUUCUUUUGGCAAGCGACGGCCUCUGGAAGGUAAUGUCGAAUCAAGAGGCGGCAGAUUCCAUAAUGGCGAUAGACGAUGCUCGGGAAGCGUCAAAGGCGUUGAUCAGAGAAGCCAUGUCCCGAAAAAGCCCCGACGACAUCUCGUGCAUCGUGGAAAAAUUCGAGUGA